GAUCUUUUUAAUUAAAUAUUAUAAAUGGCACUAUCAUCCCAACAUUUCUUGUUCAUAAUUCUUUUUGUCUCCACAAAUGUUCGAGGCUAUGGAGUAUUGAAUGAAUUUAUAAAAGACCCUAAUAUAGAGUAUGAUUUACUAAUUAGAAGAGCACAUCGCAACUUUAAUGUUUUGAUCCCUGUCAUUGAUGCUCUCAGGCGUGUGAACCUCAACUUUGAAGAUCUAAAUGAAUUUAAUUUUCCUUUUAUCCAAAUAUUGUAUACAUCAUCGUUUGCAUUCAAGAAAAUAUUUGACUGCGAAAAAAAUAACUGAUUGAUCCCAUCUGUAUUCCUAACAGUUCUAUUUCAGGAAUUUAGAAAUUUAUCUGUAACGGUUGUCACCGAAAUGAAGUAUGGGUUAAUAGUAUUCUUAAUGAAAUAUGCAAAAAAGUCCUUCCAAAUCAAACAAAAAAUAAUGAACACAUAUGGAGCAGAAGCCUUUGAAAGCAAAUCUCAAUGCAUCAGAGCCAGAGUUGGAGAGUAUUACAUUCCUCUAUUUAAAGGUACGGAUACUUCACAAUGAACAGAGUUUGAUGACAUCAUCAUCAGCUUCUUUGAGACGAUCAACGAAGGAUGGACCUAUCAUAAGGACAUAAUCAUUAAAUGUCUUGUUGUUACAUUGAUCUUUUCACUAAAUGUAUUGCUUAUAAAUAGAAUUAUGUCUGAGUGGAGGAUCUAUAAAAGUAAUAAAUCCACUCCCCAGAAGCUAUUAUCAGAAAGCAUCAACAGAUCUUCCAAAAGUCUGAUCAACUUGAGCAAUUACAGCAACAGUGUUCAAUCCCAAAACCCAAGCGACCAAAGUCAAGAGUCAAAUUGCCUAUGCGAGACGCUCAGUGCAAAACCAAACUGUAAUAUGGCGAGCAAUCCUAGCUAUCAAUGUGGAUCCUCAAGUAGUGACUCAAGUAUUUCACUUUCUUCAAAAUAAUGCACGGAUGUAAAAUAGUUAAUAUUAAGUUUUAUUCUG